GCGCCGGGGUGCGAGCAGUGUUUGGUGUGUCCGUGUGUGUUCGAGGCGUGUGUUCGGCUGUUAAAGCUGCUGAGUGAUGUGAUGGAGAGGUUUUGGGUCGGAUGCGCAAGGGGGACUUGAGAGAUUCAGCCAUGAUGGAUAAACACACAGCUAACAGCUAACCGUGCAGCUAAGGCUGAAAUCAAAUAAAAAACCAAAAUACUCUCGAGCUCCUUCUAUCUAAUAUAUAAACCUGGGAAGCCUUUUAAAGCUGACCGAAACACGUAAAAGCAGAUCCCCUGUAAAAGCAAGCGGUUUCUAACAUACUACUCACUAAUAGAGAUAUUCCAGAGCUGAACUAAAACAUCACAUCACUGCAGCAGGCAUUUAUUCAUCAGUUAUUACCAUUUUAUUACCAUUACCAUCUUAUAAGCUCGCCACGAUCCUCUGCCUCGGUGCUUAGUGAUUUGUUGGGUGUUUGUUUGUGGAUGUAUUGACACUCAGCAAGUCUCAUAGAAGUUGAUCCCUGCUGAAUGCUGGAAGGAGAUUUUCCAACCUAGAACACAUCAACUUGAACACAUUGUAUGGGAAUCAUCACUGACUGGUGUUACUUUGGUGGAUGAGUUCCAUGUUCCUCAGGAGAAGUCGUCGUGUUGAUGUCACAAUACUAAUGUAGUUACAAUGGUGUUUUUCUAGGAGAAAAAUUCACCAAGCUUAAACAUAAUGCCUAGUGAUGAACGCGGUAUCGCAUAAAGCGAUAAGAAAUACAGUAGGCUUGCUUGCUUUUGCGUCACAGGUCAAUCCAGAUUCCUUCAAAGAAGUUCAUGCGUGUCAACUUGCGCCUCAAUGCGUCUCUUACAGCAGCCAAGGACCAACCGAAUACCUGCGUCACUGGAAAAGACAGAUAUUGUUCGGAAAUUGCUCUGAACUGUAGCGCUCGCCGCCUCAAGGUUAAUGGAUGAAGGCGACGCUUUACAACACCCAAAGAUGAAGCAGCUGCUUUUCAUAGCUUUGUUUGUCAUCUCACUCGUUCACUUAGCAAAUCGUGUGAUUAAGACUUUUCACGGAGCCUGGAACGAUACACGGGAUAGCAUUCACAGGACAUUUCUAUCUGAAACCUAAAGCAGCGAAGAACUGAAGGAGAUAAACGUGCAGGACAACGUUGUAUGACAAAUGAUGUGGGCAGAGCUUUUUUUGUCCACAAAGUGGAAAUAAGGGCUCAAAAAUGAAUCAAAGCUUAUUCAGAAAUAAAGUUAGUGAUCGAUUCCUCCAACUCGUCGUAACUGAUGCGGCUUUACAUCGCAAAAACAAAAUAACGAGCUCUUUUUCCUUGCUGACAUUUUUCAGUGACAUUCAAUGCGACAUUAAUGCUGAGAUCCCAGAAUGCAAUUCAGCCACGCAAAACAGAUGUGUCUUUAUCUGUACAUGACAACUGGCUCACUUUGCUCUAUUCCUGAUACCAGUGUACUGUCUUGCUAUGUUGUCCAGUCACAUUGUUGUGAGCUUUUCAGCGCCAAAGCGUGGUUCACGAGUGGACGUUACAGGAUUGCGUUCAGUUAGCGAAGUCACGUAUAUGUUCGGUUGGAAAGCUAUUUUACCACAGCUCAGUCGUACAGCUAACAGAACAGUAAAUAUUAAACUCGGUUAGAGAAAGUUCCAGACCUUUGGAGCUCUCCUCUUAAAUCAUCAACAAAGCAAACAUUAAAAAAAACAAGUUAGAAACAGUAACUUUUGAGGUAUUAAGCCAUCUCAUGUCUGUUUUAGAGAGAACGAGGUUAACAAACACACAUUUGUUUAUUGAAAGUAGCUAACAGAGCGGCUUUAAAUACAGCGGUUCCAGCUCAUGAGGAUAAAAAUAAUGAAUGCCCUCUGUCUGGCUUUUUUUUGACUAUGUUUUUAAGCUAAAAUCAAAGACAAGUCCUUAGGUUACUGAAUAUCAAGAACAUCAGCUGGAUAAAAACAACAACCUGAGGUCAAGGUGACGAGAAAGUAAACAAACUGUAUUAAUGCUGAUGCUGUAAACACAGUUUAAAUGGACGAUCCAGCUGCAGUACUGACCUGUCUGACUUAUAGAGAGACGUCUACCUUUUUCUGUCAGCGUUGGGGACGGUCACGUUUUUUUUGACCAGCAUGUAGAAAUUGGAGAAUGUUUCAGGACAUUGUCUUCCCUGUGUCUCUCUAGGGAUAGCUAGACUGCUGAGUACUGAGUACUGAGCAGGGAGCCAAGCACUUGUUUAUGUAGUGUGUCUUGUUUCGUAAGCGUCCGAAUGUGUGUGUUCUGUAGCCGUCAUGUAUUAGCUAAUGGCCUAAAAUACACUGAAUGUGUUAUUCAAAGGCAUUUAUUGACUCCACAAUAAAACCUUUGCUCUGAGUGUUCUAGAACCGUCACGCUAUCGCGUUCCCCGGGGGCUGUAGAAGCCGAGGACACUUGGCCGUUUUGUAGCAGUGAUUGUGGAGCAACCCCGAGGGUUCUUGCACCCUCACACAGAGGAUCCAAAGACGUCGAUGAGGCGGCGAGAUGUAGAGAACCUGUGCAGUGGGGAUACUGAGAGCUUGGAUUUGCAGCGAGGGUUCUGGAACCUUUCUACAGAUUUGUGCAUUCUAGCACUUUCGUGCCGCGCAUUCCAGCACCUUUCCAAUACGUCAUAGGAGAUCUAGAGCAUGGCUCAAGUGAAAGUGCAGACCUCAGCGCACGCCGUGCCCUCUAUCAACGGCACUGUGCCCACUGUCCCGCCAGCUCCUCCCCAGGAUAACAUGGCAAACCCUAAAGAGAAAACUCCGAUGUGUCUGGUGAAUGAGUUAGCCCGUUUCAACCGGAUCCAGCCGCAGUACAAACUGCUGAACGAGCGGGGGCCUGCACACGCCAAGAUCUUUACUGUACAGCUGUGUUUAGGUGAGCAGGUAUGGGAAGCUGAAGGCUCCAGUAUUAAGAAAGCUCAACACUCAACAGCCAAUAAAGCGCUGGCAGAGAGCUCGCUGCCCCGCCCCCCGCCACGCAUCACUAAACCAGACACACACACCAAUCCAGGCAGCAUCACCCCCACUGUGGAGCUGAAUGGAUUGGCGAUGAAGCGAGGAGAACCGGCCAUCUACAGGCCGCUGGAACCCAAACCCAUCCACAAUUACAGGGCCAACUACAACUUCAGAGGAAUAUUCAAUCAGAGGUAUCACUAUCCGAUCCCCAAGGUGUUCUACGUGCAGCUGACGGUAGGCAGUAACGAGUUUUAUGGCGAAGGUCGAACACGUCAAGCAGCUCGGCAUAACGCAGCCAUGAAAGCUUUGCAGGCGCUGAAGAACGAACCCAUUCCAGAAAAGCAACUUCAGAGUCUGGAGGAAAAAAAAGGCUUGGAGGAGGAGAGCGACGCAAAUAAAUCUGAAAUCAGUCUGGUGUACGAGAUUGCACUGAAGAGGAACAUGCCUGUGAAUUUUGAGGUGCUCAAGGAGAGCGGCCCGCCUCACAUGAAGAGCUUCUUGACCCGCGUGACAGUGGGCGACUUCUCUGCGGAGGGUGAGGGCAACAGCAAGAAGCUUUCGAAGAAGCGUGCAGCUUUCUCCAUCCUGCAGGAGCUAAAGAAGCUGCCCUUCAUUCCUGUAGUGGAGAAGCCCAAAGUGCACUACAAGAAACGGCCCAAGACCAUACUGAAGGCUGGCCCAGAGUAUGGUCAGGGCAUGAACCCCAUCAGCCGACUCGCUCAGAUCCAGCAGGCUAAACGAGAGAAAGAGCCUGAGUAUACACUACUGUCUGAGAGAGGCCUGCCACGCCGCCGAGAGUUCAUCAUGCAGGUGAAGGUUGGUGAUGAAGUGACCUCAGGAACAGGGUCGAAUAAGAAAGUCGCUAAACGUGCAGCUGCAGAGGCGAUGCUGCUCCAUCUGGGAUACAAAGCCUCCACGCCUAUUCAGAACACACAGGAGAAGCCACACAUGGACAACAAAAGCUGGAACGGACAAAGAACCACUUUCCCUGAAGCCAGCACUAAUACGCAGAAAGGAAUCCUCCACCUCUCGCCGGACGUGUAUCAGGAGAUGGAGGCCAGCAGGAAUAAAGGUGCCACUGCCCCCUCUGUCACCCCUAUGACCCCCGUGACCUCUGUGACCUAUAUGAACCCUAAAGAAGUGAGCCAGGCACCGUUUUACAACAACAGCGCCUCAAAGACAGCCGCCAUGGCACGGGAGCUGCUGAACAAAACGCCAAAAACGCCCACCAUCCCGUGCAACGCCGUUCAGCCGUCGCAGCAGCUCGAGUACCUCGCUCACAUUCAGGGCUUCCAGGUGCAGUAUACGGACAGACAGACGGACACAGAGUUUGUGACGUAUCUCACUCUCUCGCCCGUUCAGAUGACGUUCCACGGCAUUGGGAGCUCCAUACAGGCCAGCCAUGACCAGGCGGCUCUGAGUGCCUUGAAGCAGCUUUCCGAACAGGGACUUGACCCGGUGGAUGGAGGAGUCAAGGUGGAGAAUGGAUCCUGUGAAAUAUCGGUGAAGCAUCCGGACGGGAAACAGACUAACUCAGGCUCUCAGGACUGCGCAGAUCCGAACGCUGUCGCGUAGGAGGAACGAGCCUUCGCGAACGCCGCCGGAUCCUUCAGAACAUCGACACGCAAUAGGGUGGAUGUGUCUCGACAACAUGACGUAGAACAACACACACUCGCUCUCAGUCUAUGUGAAGACAACACUAUCUUAACCUUUAGUUACUUAUGGAAAAUUUAACUUGCUAACAAAUGUUGAAAAAAUAAAAACUAAGAAAACCAAAUCAAAAAAAAAAAAAGAAGAACUAACGUGAUAAUGAGUUAAUGCAUGGUACUGUGUUGACUUUACGGGAAAUCUAAGUAUUAUGCAUUUCCCUGAUUGAUAGAUGUUUCGGGUUUUUAAAAAAAAAAUAUUUUAGUCUUUUAUGGAUCAAGCAGGUGUGUAUCAUGCCAUGGAAUUAAAGGAAACAUUAUAAAGGAAGGUUCUGUAAGGGGUGUGGGGGAGGGGGGCGGGGCGGUUACCUACCUUAUUUUAUUAAUAGCAGUGCUUGAGUGCGUGAAGAUUAACAGACGAUGGCAGUGCUGUAAAAGUUGUAGUUGUUGUCUUCAUAUAUAAUCACCCAGCUUAGCGUUUAUGCUGAUGUUCAUGUAUCUGUACGGAUGUGUCCAAGUAGCACACAAAGGAGAAGAAAAAAUUUAAGUGAACAAACCUAACGACAGAGACAGAAUUAGCGGAGAGAUCGAGGAGGAUGCGGUCUGUGUCGCUGUAAAUAAAGCAAGUCCACAAGAUUCACCUCAACUCAGUGUUUUAUAAGCAACACCGUUUCACGGAACAUUUUUUAACUCCGCCUUCGAAUUCUGAACCCCGCCCGUGCAUCUUUACAUCCAGUCAUUUCAACUCCACCCCCUCGCUUUAACCUCGUCUCCUCCCAACCUCGUCUGAUGUUAUAGUUAACUAUGCCCUCAUCCUAACCUUGUGGCCAUCUUAGUUAGCUUAACUCAGGGGUGUCCAAUCUUAUCCAGAAAGGGCCGGUGUGGGUGCAGGUUUUCAUUCCAACCAAGAAGAAGCUACACCUGAUUCCAACUGGCUAAUCAACUGAUCUUGGCUUUCAGUAGACUCAGGUGUAGCUUCUGCUCAGCUGGAAUGAAAACCUGCACCCACACCGGCCCUUUGUGGGUAAGAUUGGAAACCCCUGCCUUAACUACACUUUUCGCUUUAACACAAGCCCUUACUUUUUACCUCUAAUCUUGCUUUAACCCCGCCCCUCACCUACCCCUUCUUAGCCCUUUCACCUAAAUAUUCACUCCAACACCGUCUCAUUCUUCCUGCUCAAAACUUAAUUCUUCAGAGUAACCCCACCUCCUCUUCAAAUAUGUAACUAACCACAUCCUGAUCUUGCCCCUGCCCCACACCCUGCCCCUGCUCCACACCCUGGACUCACCUCUGCCCCACACCCUGCCCCUGCUCCACACCCUGAACUCACCUCUGCCCCACACCCUGCCCCUGCUCCACACCCUGAUCUCACCUAUACCCACACUCUGACCUUGCACCUGCCCCACACAACGCCCCUGACCCUGCUCUACACCCUGAACUCACCCCUGCCCCACACCCUCAGCCUGCUCCACACCCUGACCUCUCCCCUGCCCCACAACCUGACUCCACUCCACACCCUGAACUCACCCCUGUCUCACAACCUGGCCUUGCCCCUGUCCCACAACCUGACCCUGACCUUGCCUCUGACCUUGGCAUACACCCUGAUCCUGAAAAAUACAGGCACCUUGAUCCACACCUUGACAUGCUCCAAACCCUGACCCUGAUUCAACUCCACACCCUGAACUCACCCCUGGCCUCACCCUGACCUGGCCCCUGUUCCCAUAAUCUGACCCUGACCUUGCCUCUGACCUUUGCAUACACCCUGAUCCUGCACCACACCCUGCUCCCGCCCCACAACUUGACCCUAUAUUACACUCUGAUCCUGCACCAUACCCUGAUACUGCAGCACACCCUGACCCCAGCCCUGUACCACAGCCUGCCCCUGCCCCACACCAUGAUUCUGCCCCUGGCAUACACCUGACCCACACCCUGACCACACCCACACCAGUCAAUACCAGUUGUAAACACAAAAAACCUCCUGUGGAUUUGUGAGUUGGACGAGAUGUGUGCUAAUUCUGUUUCUGUGUUUUCUCCCAGCACAUCUACACCCUAAAUGCUGUGUGUUGUAUCGACUUAAUGCAUCAACUGAGUGCUUUUAAUAACUGCAUUCUGGAGGAGUUUAGUGAAGAGAGCCUGCAUAGCUUCUCCUUCCGAACAGCUCGAUUACUUGAAUCUUUACGUUUCCCAACAGCAUUUUCUCUCUGUGUUUAAAUGUUGAGUUAAGGAAAUGCAGUAAAAUCACAUCAGUUUGUGUUGAAAA